UUGUUUGCAUCCCUGUAGGAUCUAAUGAAAUAAGUAGCACUUACGUCUUCAACUAAUCUGCCUGAGAAGCAAGGAGGGUCAUCUGUUAAAUCCCCAUAAGAGGAGACUAGCCACUUUACCGGACAAAUGCACACUAGUCCAACCGGAGUACCUCAAACAAUGCGGUCACUGUGAUGAAUAAUUUGGAGUACCUGACUUUCUUGGAUACCGCUAAUAGACUAUUUACAGGUAUGUGCAAUUAGAAAAGGAUGCGGGUCACACUUGAAAUAGCCUUACAUAGAUUUUUGUUGUGAUAAUGUAUUUGUCAUUAUUUAUCAGUAUGUAUUACUUCAUGUGUUGUCUGUAUUGUAAAUAAUGUAGUUGACAUUGGUUCCAUUGUUAUAAUGCCCCUUUAAGACUGUUCAGAUCAACUUGCAAUCAGAGACCGUGCAUGUAUUUAGUUUUGUGUAGUUUCCCUCCUUUUGUACAAGGCUUGUGCAGAAAAAAUCCUCCCAACUUAAUCAUUAUUCUAUCUUUGCCGUUGACAGGUCUGAAAAAACAGCCCAUCAGUUGAGUUCCUUCAGCUGAGAGAUACUGAAACCCUACUGUAGCGCUGAAAGCAGCACACACACAACUAGAUGGAUCUUAUGGUGGAUCUUAAGUCCCUGGGUGAUCCCAUCAAGCAGUUCAGCGAUUAUGUGUCGGGGACGGGGACCAAACCGGACAACAAAAUAGGAACCAAAAAGAGCACGGGGGCCCGACGGAAGAGCAUAGUCGUGAGCACAGGGGCUCGACGGAAGAGCGUAGUUGUAGUCCGGAGGCACAGCAUAGUCAGGAGAAAGAGUGUCCCUUGUGCCAAAACUUGCACCAAGCAGAGAGCCGUACCAGAAUCCUGGCUCAGUGCAUACCAGGCUGACAUUCAAAGAGAAAGGUAAGGAUGGUUGGCCAUUGUUUUUAGUAGAUAUAAAGUCAUUAAAGGCCAGUUUCCCGGAUGGAAAUUAAGCCUAAUCCUGGACUAAGAAGCACUUUCAAUGGAGAUUCUCCAUUGAGCGUGUUUAUUAAUCCAGAACUAGGCUAAAUCUGUGUCUGGGAAACCGACCCGUAGCGCUUAUAUAGAUGAGUAUCAAACGCUUAAGUAUAUCUGCUUGGGAGACUCACAAAAUGCCACUGAAGCAUCUCUGUUUCCAUAUUGUGCUACUGUAGGAAACUGCGAGAGAAGAAGAUUGCAGAGAGGUCCGUCAGAAGGAGGAGCCAGCAUUUCAGGAGCCAGCACUGCCUCCCUAAGGUAAGUCAGUCUGUGCAUGUCAUGUGUGACUGGUCAAAAUAAGAUGGAGGUCACUUGUUCAGUGGACAUCUGAUCUGAGAAGAUAUCAAUUUAAUUUUGAAGGACUAAAGGAGUUUAUGGGUGAAACUUGGGAAUCACAAGAUACCUAUUCUAAUUGAACUGACCUCAUAUGUCUCGUUUAUAUGAAGGGAUUACAUGGGUACUGUUGGCCAGGAUUUUAUACUUACAAAAUACAUAAUUGAACCUUUCAUUUUUUUUCUAUCUCCAUGUAGAGUAAGACCAAUGCCAAGAGGAACCAGAAAUCUGCGAAGGAUGAUUCGCUGUUUGGUGCCUUCCAGGGGCUCAGUCUGAACGUGACAGGAGGCGUCCAGAGCUCUAUGGCCUCAGGCGGAGACCAGUGUAAAUUAAUGUGAGACAAAAGACUUGACUCAUAUAACCUGGCCUCGGCUUCCAGGCAUCGCUCACGUGUGUGAAAGCCUGGGCCGAGGCUACAUAUCACCUAACACUUGAACCUUGUCCACCAGCAGGCUCUCUCUCUCUGACAUGUAUAUGCGGUAAUAAUUGAGACUGGGGACAAGGUUACCUACACUUGACCUUGUGAGACAUUAUGAGAAGACUCUGAACUAUGGGAAAAACAACCGGUCUUGUGUGGUGAUGAGAAAUGACAAUGAAGCCAAAGUUUUAAAGGUAGACUCAACGAUAUGAUGUAGAUGCAGAAAGUAA